GCUAAGGAGUGCUUCCAGAUGCGAGACGGGAGGACGAAAAACUGGAAAGGAGCUUGAUCAUUUCUGAAAGGAAAAAUAAUCUCUUUCUCUUCCCCCCUCUCUCUUUCUCCCUCCCUCCUUUCCUUGCUCUCUCUCUCUCUCUCUCUCUCUCUCAGUCCCAGCCCCUGAAGGUGUCAUAACCAUGCUCUCUCUCCCUCUCUCUCUCUAUCACCGCCUUUCAGAUCUUUAAAAGCUGCUGCUCUGUGCGUUUCUCAGGAUCGUGUCCUCUGGCACUCUGGCUGAACGGAACACCGUGCAAGAGAGAAAAGACAAGCAGGUCUCCAGAAAUAGCAUCGCCCAAGGAGCACGUAGGAACAGCGAAGGAGUCCCACAGCGCAAAAGAUGCCUUUGCUCUUGAACUUGCUGGCCGUUGUCCUGUUGCCCAUUGCUAACUGUGGAUCCUGGACUCUGGCCAGUCGCUUGGGUCCCCAUAAGAUCUGCCCAUCCUGCAAAGACACUCGAGUUUCCCGGGACCCCAUCGGGGCUGCCAACACAGCUGUCCUGGCUUUAGGGGAGCCGUGCGGGGUUUACACUUUGAGCUGUGCCAAGGGCCUGCGCUGCAUGCCUCCUCCACGCGACCACAGCCCGCUCCAGGCUCUGCUGCAGGGCCGAGGCGUAUGCACCAAGCAGAUCAGGACGAUCCCCACCGAAAACCCUUCCCCUCCAGGCCCACCGCCUUCCCACAGCGGUGAAAUUGAAAAGGCUCCGUGCAGGAAGCUGCUCAACGCCGUGCUGCGAGGCCUCGAGCUCACUGUUUUCCAGUCCGACCGUGACAUCUACAUCCCCAACUGCGACACUCGUGGCUUCUACAGGAAAAAGCAGUGCCGGUCCUCUAAAGGCAUGCAGCGUGGCCACUGCUGGUGCGUUGACGAAUUAGGCCUCACCCUACCGUCCCACGCUGGCGGUAAUGAAGGCGGCGCCUUACCCUGCGACGGAGAGUGAGACGCAGCCCGUGGUGCCACAAUUUCGAGCCAGGAGGAAGAAGAGGAAGAGGAGGGGAGGGGCGUAAGGGAGACGGGAGGACGGGCCGCUCGUGCUGCGACACUGCCUGGCCAGGAGACACCGGGGGAAAAAAAACCACUCAACAUGGGAAACACAACUUAAACACUCCAUACGCCGCAACAAGCGAAGGUUCACGUCACUGCCAUACGCCUUCUGCAGGUCCUGCAGUGUGUAAGCACAGAGCCAGGGAGACACUUCAUCACUCCGCCCGCAGCAGAUCACUUUCAAAAGCAGACUCUACAACCUGGCCACUUAGUAGUGACCUUUUUUUUUCUUUUUUUUUUUCCCUGUGAUAGCCAUCACUGCCUGGGUCUUGUGUAUUUCCGAGUAGGCCGUCAAUACUGUUAAAGCAGGCGUGGGUGCCAUUGUAAUCUCUGCCUCCCCUGCCAUCCCCUCUCCCUCUCUCCAAAGAUACACUGAGUAAAUGAAUAUGUACGAAAGCAAAUUACGCCUUUUAACGCUUAAUUUAUUUCCAGAGAAUUAUUGUAUUUCCUUGGAGACGUUAUAUGUAAUCUAACCAAGACAUCAAGACUACCGUACAUACACAUGAUUUCGGAAAACAUCCCGUCCCUUCUGUUGUGACGCUAUGUGGAAAACUUGUUUCAGCAUUGAUACACACUUUCUUUGUACAUAAAUCCUAUUUUUUUUUUUGUUGUUGUUGUGUUGUUGUGGUUGCCAUGGGGUGAUAGGUUCUUGAAAGCUGAUGGCUAUUACUCUAUCUGAAAAGGCAUAUUUUUAUAUACUUCAAUAUAAUAUUUUAUAUAUAGAUUGAUGCUUUAUUUAAGGAAAUACAAUACCAUGUAUUUUUAUAUUGUCAACAUUGUUUUGUUGUUGUUGUUGUUGUUGUUGUUGUUGUUAUUGUUCAUUGUCAAAUUGAAUUUCAGGCUGAAAGUGAACAGUGAGCUUUCAUGGCAUAUUUUAUGAAAAGAAGAAAAAAAAAAAGAAUAGUAAACCCAUCAGAUGUAUUGUACUGCUCUACAUGAUUUAGCAAUUAUUCUCUCGUUUCCUGAUCUGUAAUGUUUAAGUUGAUCACUGAAAAAAAAACACAAAAAAACAAGCAAAAUGUAUUUUCUCAAUUCAAAAUGCAUAGAGGAAAAAAAAUGAAAAUGAAAGAGCAAAAACAUUCAUACUUUUUGUGUUGUAUCUGUGUGUGAGUGUGUGUGUGUGUGCGUGCCAGUGAUUUCAGGAGGCUGUGCAAAGCCGCAAAAAAAAAUACAAGAACUUAAAAAAAAAAUAAAGAACAAA